UUUUUUUUCCCUGGGCCACUUGAUUAGUAUGAUUCGAUGUGUAGUAGUAGCUACUGGUAACUGAGGGUAAACCAAUUUUCUUUUUCCUUAAACCCCAUCAUCAAUUGGCUAGUAUAUUAUUUCAUUAUUAUAAUUAUUGCUAUCCAUUGUCCUUUUCUUCUUACAGACGUUAAAGAAAUCCACCUCCCCCCUCCAGUGUCUCCCACUUGUCCUCCUCAACUUCUAUUCUCUACACCAUUUUUAUGUUGUAAUCAUUUAUUCCUUCUCCUUCGUCUUUCUCUUUUCUUUUUGCUAGCCAUCGCCAUACCUAGGCUCAAAUUCUUAAAAUUCUCUUGAUACUCUUCUCCCCCAUAUUUAUCUAAUAGUCUGGGUGGUGGACCAGCUGAUGACUUUAAUUCAAAUUCGAAACCACUUACCAUAGAAUCUCCCGGGACUGUUAAUCAUCCCCCUGUCUCCUCGAUCUUCGCCACAAAAGGGCAUACAUCUUGAUACGAAAUCACAAGAUGUAUGGAACAUCUACAGGCCCUCAGACGGGCAUUAAUACCCCGCGCUCCUCCCAGUCCCUGCGACCUCUAAUCCUGUCACAUGGGUCACUGGAGUUUUCUUUCCUUGUGCCGACCUCCCUUCACUUCCAAGCUUCGCAAUUGAAAGAUGCCUUCACAGCUUCAUUACCAGAACCGACAGAUGAACUUGCCCAGGACGAUGAGCCUUCCUCCGUAGCGGAACUUGUGGCUCGUUAUAUUGGCUAUGUCGCUACCGAGGUAGAAGAAGGCGAGGAUGAUACACAUGGGACCAACCUAGAAGUUUUGAAGCUCGGUCUGAAUGAAUUCGAGCGUGCCUUCAUGCGCGGUAACGAUGUCCAUGCUGUUGCAUCUGCUCUUCCAGGAAUAACCGCCAAAAAGGUUUCGGCUGUGAAGGCGUACUAUGCUGGCAGGGCAGCUGCUGGACGGCCCACUAAGCCGUAUGAUUCUGCGCUAUUCCGUGCUGCUUCCGAUGAGAAGGCGAGCAUCUAUACCGUUUUUGGGGGGCAAGGCAACAUUGAAGAGUAUUUCGAUGAGCUGAGAGAGAUUUACGCCACCUAUCCAUCCUUUGUCGAUGAGUUGAUCUCCUCCUCGGCGCAGUUGCUGCAGUCGCUCUCCCGUGAACCGGAGGCGAGCAAAUUGUAUCCGAAGGGGAUGGAUAUCAUUCAAUGGCUCCAGGAUCCGGACUCUCAGCCUGACACAGACUAUCUUGUGUCGGCGCCGGUGAGUUUGCCAUUGAUUGGUUUAGUUCAACUAGCACACUUCGUUGUGACCUGCAAAGCCCUCGGCCGUGAACCUGGUGAGAUCUUAUCGAGGUUCAGUGGAACUACGGGUCACUCACAAGGCGUGGUGACCGCUGCAGCAAUUGCCUCUGCGACAACGUGGGAAAGCUUUGAGAAAGCUGCUAAGGAUGCUCUGACCAUGCUCUUUUGGAUCGGUCUUCGUAGCCAACAGGCCUACCCUCGCACAUCUAUCGCUCCCUCAGUGUUGCAGGAUUCGAUCGAGAACGGAGAAGGCACUCCAACUCCUAUGUUGUCUAUCCGGGAUCUUCCAAGGUCUGCUGUUCAGGAGCACAUAGACAUGACCAACCAACAUCUUCCAGAGGACCGUCACAUCUCCAUCUCUCUUGUUAACAGUGCGCGCAAUUUUGUUGUCACCGGUCCCCCACUUUCGCUCUACGGCCUUAAUCUGCGCCUGCGCAAGGUCAAAGCGCCUACAGGCUUGGACCAGAAUCGCGUACCCUUCACGCAGCGUAAGGUUCGCUUCGUGAACCGGUUUCUUCCCAUUACUGCUCCAUUCCACAGCCAAUACUUGUAUUCGGCGUAUGACCGCAUCUUGGAAGACCUGGAGGACCUGGAAAUCUCAGCCAAGUCUUUGGCUAUCCCGGUGUAUGGCACUCAGACCGGAGAAGACUUGAGGGAAUCUGGCGAUACAAACAUCGUUCCUGCGCUGGUGCGCAUGAUUACCCACGACACGGUGAACUGGGAACAAGCGACGGUUUUCCCCGGGGCUACUCACAUCGUCGAUUUCGGCCCCGGCGGUAUCUCUGGUCUUGGUGUGCUUACGAACCGCAACAAGGAUGGUACAGGUGUGCGGGUGGUGCUUGCCGGGGCUAUGGAUGGUACCAACGCCGAGAUUGGCUAUAAACCAGAACUAUUUGAUCGUGAUGAGCAUGCUGUCAAGUACGCCAUCGACUGGGUCAAGGAGUACGGUCCCCGACUCGUGAAGAAUGCAGCAGGCCAAACAUUCGUCGAUACAAAGAUGAGCCGACUUUUGGGCAUCCCCCCUAUUAUGGUUGCGGGCAUGACUCCCACCACCGUCCCUUGGGAUUUCGUAGCCGCAACCAUGAAUGCCGGUUACCACAUUGAACUUGCUGGUGGUGGCUACUACAAUGCCAAAACGAUGACCGCGGCGGUUUCCAAGAUCGAGAAGGCUAUUCCUCCGGGCCGUGGUAUCACCAUCAACUUAAUCUACGUCAAUCCUCGUGCCAUGGCGUGGCAAAUACCCUUGAUCGGUAAACUGAGGGCUGAUGGUGUGCCUGUGGAAGGUUUAACAAUCGGCGCUGGUGUUCCAUCGAUCGAGGUAGCCAAUGAGUACAUUGAAACUCUCGGAAUUAAGCACAUUGCUUUCAAGCCGGGCUCAGUGGAUGCUAUUCAGCAGGUGAUCAACAUUGCCAAGGCCAAUCCUAAAUUCCCCGUCAUUCUUCAGUGGACUGGCGGCCGCGGUGGUGGACAUCACUCCUUUGAGGAUUUCCAUCAGCCUGUGCUACAGAUGUAUAGCCGUAUAAGGCGUUACGAGAACAUCGUCCUCGUGGCAGGCAGUGGCUUCGGUGGCUCCGAAGAUACGUAUCCUUAUCUAUCCGGAACCUGGUCGUCUCGUUUCGGCUAUCCCCCCAUGCCUUUUGACGGCUGUUUGUUCGGUAGUCGCAUGAUGAUUGCCAAGGAAGCUCAUACAUCAAAGAACGCGAAAAAGGCCAUCGCAGAUGCUCCUGGUCUUGAUGACCAAGACUGGGAGAAGACAUAUAAGGGCUCUGCAGGUGGUGUAGUGACAGUUCUCUCUGAAAUGGGUGAGCCAAUUCACAAGCUUGCCACCAGAGGUGUUCUGUUCUGGCACGAGAUGGACCAAAAGAUCUUUAAGCUCGACAAGGCGAAACGCGUACCCGAACUGAAGAAGCAACGCAAUUAUAUAAUCAAGAAGCUUAACGAUGAUUUUCAAAAGGUCUGGUUCGGUCGCAAUUCUGCCGGUGAAACAGUGGACCUCGAAGAUAUGACGUACGCAGAAGUAGUUCACCGUAUGGUGGACCUCAUGUAUGUCAAGCAUGAAUCUCGGUGGAUCGAUGACUCCCUCAAGAAAUUGACAGCAGAUUUCAUUCGUCGCGUUGAAGAACGUUUUACUACCGCCGAGGGCCAGCCAGCUUUACUGCAAAACUAUUCAGAGCUCAACACUCCCUACCCUGCUAUUGAUAACAUCUUGUUAGCGUACCCUGAGGCUGCAACCCAGCUGAUCAACGCCCAAGAUGUUCAGCACUUCCUUUUGCUCUGUCAGCGGCGUGGGCAAAAGCCUGUGCCUUUCGUCCCUGCCUUGGACGAAAACUUUGAGUAUUGGUUCAAGAAAGAUUCUCUCUGGCAGAGUGAAGAUUUGGAGGCUGUUGUGGAUCAAGACGUGGGAAGGACCUGUAUCCUGCAAGGCCCGAUGGCUGCUAAAUUCUCAAAUGUAAUUGAUGAGCCAGUCCAAGAUAUCUUGAAUAGUAUCCACCAGGGACAUAUCAAGAGUUUGCUCAAGGACGUGUACAAUGGAGACGAGGCGAAGGUCCCUGUUAUUGAAUAUCUAGGAGGUCGACUUGAUGAAUCAGAGGAUGAACCGGAGAUUGAUGGCCUUACGAUCUCCGAAGAUACAAACAAAAUUAGUUAUCGAUUGUCGUCAUCCCCAUCCUCCGAUCUACCCGAACUUGAUCGCUGGCUACGUCUCCUUGCAGGCACAUCCUAUUCUUGGAGGCACGCAAUCUUCCUCGCCGAUAUCUUCGUGCAGGGCCAUCGGUUCCAGACUAACCCGUUGAAACGUGUCGUUGCGCCGACCUCAGGAAUGUAUGUGGAGAUCGCCUACCCAAAUGACCCGUCCAAGACGGCCAUCAGUGUGAGAGAGCCUUACCAGUCUGGCAAGCUCGUCAAGACAGUCGAGGUGAAGAUGAAUGAGAACCAGAUCAGCCUUACCCUUUUUGAGGGCAGAACUGCGGAAGGUGGUGUUGUUCCUUUGACAUUCUUGUUCACGUAUCACCCUGAAUCGGGUUAUGCCCCCAUUAGAGAGAUCAUGGAAGGACGCAAUGACCGUAUCAAGGAGUUUUACUACCGUCUCUGGUUCGGGAACAGAGAGGUCCCGUUCGAUGCUCCCACAACAGCGACAUUCAGCGGUGGCCGCGAGACGAUUACGUCCCAGGCUGUCGCGGAUUUCGUGCAUGCUGUUGGCAACACUGGUGAAGCCUUCGUGGAUCGUCCUGGAAAGGAGGUUUUUGCUCCCAUGGAUUUCGCAAUUGUUGCUGGCUGGAAAGCUAUUACCAAGCCUAUCUUCCCUCGUACGAUCGAUGGAGAUUUAUUGAAAUUGGUCCACCUGUCUAAUGGUUUCAAGAUGGUCCCGGGGGCUCAGCCUCUCAAGGUUGGCGAUGUGCUGGAUACCACCGCUCAGAUCAACGCUGUCAUAAACCAAGAUUCUGGUAAAAUGGUCGAGGUCUGCGGUACCAUCAAGAGAGAUGGAGCCCCUAUCAUGCACGUCACCAGUCAGUUCCUAUACCGAGGAGCAUAUGUAGACUUCGAAAACACUUUCCAGCGUAAAGACGAGGUUCCAAUGCAAGUUCACCUUACGUCUAGCAGGGAUGUUGCGAUACUCCGGUCGAAAGAAUGGUUCCGUAUUGAUGAGCCUGAUGUUGAGCUCCUCGGUCAGACUUUGACCUUCCGACUUCAAAGUCUGAUUCGCUUCAAGAACAAGUCCGUCUUCAGCCAUGUUCAAACUGUUGGUCAAGUUCUUCUUGAGCUUCCUACGAAGGAGAUUAUCCAGGUUGCAUCUGUAGACUACGAAGCCGGAGCUUCCCAUGGAAACCCGGUCGUCGACUACCUUGAGCGAAAUGGAACGUCCAUCGAGCAGCCUGUGUACUUCGAAAACCCUAUUCCUCUCAGCGGUAAGACGCCACUGGAGCUGCGUGCUCCAGCGUCUAAUGAGACCUAUGCUCGCGUUUCGGGCGAUUACAACCCGAUUCAUGUCUCACGAGUCUUCUCCAGCUAUGCAAACCUGCCGGGCACUAUCACUCAUGGCAUGUAUACGAGUGCCGCUGUUCGUAGCUAUGUGGAAACCUGGGCAGCUGAGAAUAACAUUGGUCGUGUCAGGGGCUUCCAUGUAUCUCUAGUUGGCAUGGUUCUCCCCAAUGAUAUGAUCACCGUCAAGUUGCAACAUGUUGGUAUGAUUGCCGGCCGCAAGAUCAUUAAGGUAGAAGCUAGCAACAAGGAAACAGAAGACAAGGUCCUUCUUGGUGAAGCAGAGGUCGAACAACCUGUUACCUCGUACGUUUUCACCGGACAGGGUUCGCAGGAGCAGGGAAUGGGAAUGGAACUAUACAGCAGUAGCCCUGUUGCUAGGGAGGUGUGGGAUCGGGCUGACCGUCACUUCAUGGAGAACUAUGGCCUUUCCAUUAUUGAUAUCGUGAAGAAUAACCCCAAGGAACUCACAGUCUAUUUUGGUGGUCCGCGCGGUAAAGCUAUUCGCCAAAACUACAUGUCGAUGACCUUCGAGUCUGUCAAUGCCGAUGGAAGCAUCAAGUCAGAGAAGAUCUUCAAGGAAAUUGACGAAAAUACAACGUCUUAUACCUACCGUUCACCAUCCGGACUUCUCUCUGCGACCCAAUUUACGCAGCCCGCUUUAACAUUAAUGGAGAAGGCAAGUUUUGAAGACAUGCGCUCUAAAGGUCUCGUCCAGAGAGAUAGUAGUUUCGCUGGUCAUUCACUUGGUGAAUAUUCGGCUCUUGCCGCCCUCGCCGAUGUCAUGCCCAUUGAAAGCUUAGUUUCUGUGGUGUUCUAUCGUGGCUUGACUAUGCAGGUUGCUGUUGAAAGAGAUGAACAAGGUCGCUCCAACUAUUCUAUGUGUGCUGUUAACCCGAGCCGCAUUUCCAAGACCUUCAAUGAACAAGCUCUGCAGUAUGUGGUAGAGAAUAUUUCAGAGCAGACAGGCUGGCUGCUGGAAAUUGUCAACUACAAUGUUGCAAACAUGCAAUACGUUGCUGCUGGAGAUCUUCGUGCACUUGACUGUCUCACAAAUCUACUGAACUACUUGAAGGCUCAAAACAUUGAUAUCCCCGCUCUGAUGCAGAACAUGUCUCUGGAAGAUGUCAAGGCUCACCUGGUUAAGAUCAUCCACGAGUGUGUUAAGCAGACUGAGUCCAAGCCUAGACCUAUUGCCCUUGAGCGUGGCUUCGCUACCAUCCCUCUUAAAGGAAUUGAUGUUCCUUUCCACAGCACUUUCCUCCGUUCUGGAGUCAAGCCAUUCAGGUCCUUCUUGCUUAAGAAGAUUAAUAAGAACACCAUCGAUCCCAGCAAGCUGAUUGGAAAGUACAUUCCAAACGUCACCGCCCGCCCCUUUGAGUUGACUAAGGAGUACUUCGAGGAUGUCUAUAGGCUCACGAAUUCGCCACGUAUUGCUAACAUUUUGGCGAACUGGGAGAAGUAUGAAGAAGGCGAGGGUGCUUCACGCACUGGCGGUACCACAACUGCUUGAGAAAUUAGCCAAGAGACCCCUCCGCAUGAGCUUUCCAGCACAGCUUCAUAAUGUUGCUGUGUUUUUCUUUUGUUUCGCCUUUCCCUUUCUCUCUUCUAAAGAUAUUUCUGCUUAGCGUUGGGUGUUUAGAUGUCUAUCUCCAAUUCUACUGUUCUGCCGAAGUCCUGUUCAAUCUAUUCAUAGCAAGGCCUCAAUAAAUAUUCUAUUA